AUGGAAGAAGAGAAAAAUGGACAUCACAAGGCAGAACACUUGAACAUAGCUGACCAUUCAUAUUAUGGUAAAGUGGUGACAAAAUCAGACCAGGUGCACAAUGCCAGGCGCCAGUUUAUACAUCCACCAAGGACUUCUCUUUUUACCUUACAGUUAAAUAUUCCUGCUAAAAGUACAGUAAAUAUUUCUGUCAUUUACCAUGGUUUACUAAAGCGAAGACUUGGUCUAUAUCAACAUGUUAUGUACUUGUUACCAGGACAAGAGGUGGAAAAUCUAGACAUUGACGUCAAUAUUGAAGAAACAAAUGAUAUUACCAAAAUAAAAGUACCUCCAAUGAUGGGUAUGAAUCAACAAGCAACAAUUAAAGAAAUGACUUCCCGUUCAGUUGCGGUUACUUAUUCGGCCAAUAAAUUCCAACUAAAUAAUUUAAGUAAACAUGUUGUUGGUGAAUUUUGUAUUAAGUUUGAUGUCAAAAGAGGAGAAGACGAUGUCAGUAACGAUCUUCUGGUAUCUAAUGGCUAUUUUGUGCAUUUUCUGUCAAUUAAUAAAUGGCCAAUUCUACCCAAAGAUAUUAUUUUUGUGCUAGAUGUAAGUGGCUCCAUGCAUUUGACUGGCAUGGACAAGGUCAAGUCUGUAAUGUACACCAUCCUUUCUGAUUUGAAACAAAACGAUAGAUUUGGACUUGUCUUCUAUAACCAGAAUGUUAAUGCUUGGAAAGAUGAACUUAGUUCAGUCACAAAGAAAUCCAUUGAUAAGGCCAAAGAAGAAAUUGAUAAAUGUUCACCAUUUGGGCGUUCUGAUAUUAAUAAUGCCAUUUUAAAAAGCUUGUCUCUGCUAAAAGAAGCUGAUGAACCUCAGACCACCCGGGCUCAAGCAGUUUUCUUUCUGACUGAUGGUGUUGCUUCUGAAGGUGAAUUGAAGACCCCUCGUAUCCUCGACAAUGUCCGUCAAGCCAACACAAUGAAUGUUCCAAUUUAUAGCAUUUUCCUUGGAGAUACAAAUUAUGAAUUGGUCAAUCAGCUUUCUUUUCAAAGCCAAGGGCUUUCUUACAAAAUUUCAUCCUCUGAACAUAUUCCAACCAAAUUAAAAGAGUUUUAUGAGCAUGCAACAUCCAUUCUUGCCCUUAAGCUAAAAUUUGAAUAUGCCGAUAACGCUGCACUCAAAACAACUUGCGCAGAUUUUAAAACUUUCCAGAAAGGCUCUGAAAUAGUGGUUGCAGGAACAUUAUCAGAUAAAUCAGUUAAAAAUAUCAAGUCUACAUUCCAUUGUUCCACAUCAGAAGGACUUAAAGAAUUUACUGUUGAAUCAGCACAGUUACCUUCAUCAUCUGGAAAAUCUAAAAGAUUUUUAACAGAAGCUGAACGCCAUCAAAUUCCAGAGAAGAUCUUUGCUUUCUUAUCAACCCAGCAAGCCGUAGACAACAGUCUUUUUAAUUCAGAUGAAAAGGAACAAGUGAAGUGGCAACAAGCUGCUGUAAAACUUGCCCUCAAGUAUAAUUACUUGAUGUCAUUAACUUCAAUGGAAAUUUUGAAAUCUCAGAAAAAGAACGGAAAAUUGUUGGGCCAUGGUGAAGUGAAUGAACUGUUUCCCUCAGACAGCAGAACAUUUGGUGUAUAUGGAAAAUAUGGUGGUGGUGGUGGAGAUCCUCAUUUCAUUAUGGACAUUCAGGGUCUAUCAAUCCCAAUAUGUUUUAAUGUAGCUGGGCACUUGAAACGACCCAUGAUCCUUGUUGAUGAUCCAAGCACACGUAUUAAAGCUGAAGCAGUCAUCAUUGAAGGUCGUCCGAAACAUUGGAAGAGGUACAUGGGAGAGAUAAAGAUUGUUGCUCCUGGACUCACUUUCAUAGCAACAACAAAACAUGUUCGAAUUAACUCCAAACCUUUCUCUUGGACAGUUGAAUCGACACUAAUGCUACCAACAUCAGAUGUCAUUAACUUUGGAAAUGGUAAAAACAUUGCUGUCAGAAUAGGAGGACUUGUGGAAUUUGAAGUCAAAAGAAUAACUCAUCCAAAGCAAGAAAACCGGACAGAUUUCUUAGAUUUUUAUAUUUUGAAAGGAAAUGGUUUGUCAAUGAAAACAAGAGGAAUUCUUGGUAGUUUACUGAAUCUCACUGGACAUGUUCGAUGGACUAAGAAAAGUCUAAAUGGCAAAAUGUCGGCUCAACUGCAGAUAUCUAACCAUUUCAGUCGAAGACGGUUCAAUGUGCCGGUUAUCUUAAAGAAAAGACCUGAUCCAUUGACACAACGAAAGCCAUGCUGGAUGCUGUGGCAGAAAUCCUAUUCUCAACUGGCUUUUCUAUAAAGGACAAAUUCAAAAUAAUCUCACUUCAGGAAAUGUCUAGAUAUUUGCAUGAAGUACUUUGAAUCGAAGCAAAUAGGCAAAGCUAAUUCUAGUUUAAGUAAAAUUGCAAUGAGUAAAUAUCAAUUUUGAAUGCAUGUUAGCAAAGUGACAAAGGAAUAGUUUGGCAUCUUGUAAUUGUAAGGUAUUGGUUCCUGGAUAUAUUGAUUUGUUCUGUUGGGACUCUAUUUGUACCUUUGAUCUGAGGUGAGACAUUACUCUAUUCAAGCUGAAAGCAGCUUCAACAAAACUACAGGACAUCACCCCCUCAAAUUGUAAAACAUAGUUACAUAGUAGUGUGUGUGUGUGUAUAUACACACACACACACACACACCUGAAAUUCAUGCAAGUUGAUCAUGUGCAUUUUGAAAGUGGAAAUCAAAAAUACUAGUUACGCUCUCUCUCUCACAAGAUAUGAAUGAAAGAGUGAAAUUUUCUUUCAAUAUACUAAAUCUACUUGUUCCUGAAUAAUAUGUUCACAAUGUUUGGUGGACAU